UUCCUCUCCAAUGCGGCAUCAACUCCCUCUGUGAUCCGCUGGGGCGGUAGGACACUAAAAGAUCGAACUUAGCCCUGAGGAUUUAUAUAUACCACGCAAUAAUGCCUGAAUAUCUGCUGGCUGAUUCUGAACUAAGAGGAGAGGGCUGUGUCAUAUUUUUGGCCUACUGACAUGGAGAUGCACUGGUACACACACUGCUGUGAAAUGCUUGAGGCUUUGGAGGCAAGGACCGUUAACGGCGCGCGCAGGGCAGAUACAAUCGCUUUCCGGGUGCGGUAUCCCUGCGCCCAGUGGAGAAGAUAGUCCAAUGAAAGUGUGCGUGCUGGGACACAGAGCAGCAACGACAUGGCACACUGUCCAGAGCCAUGGGUCCCGUGGGUGACCGUUCGUCAUGAGUGCUUUGGCAUUAGGUCCUACCAGCUUUCACCCCACACCUCUGUCCAGGAUGUCAAACUGCUUCUCUACGAGGAGACAGACCUCCCGGUCAAAGAGCAGCGACUGCUUCACAACGGGAGAAUGCUGGAUGGCAGCUUACAGAUUGGCUCUUUGGUGCCUGCUGGAAGCCCAGAAGUGUCCAUCGCUUUGGAGGGAAGAGGCCUGAAAGGAGGAGGAAGGUUUGGACAGACUACACCUCCACUCGUGGAAUUUUUGAAGGACAUUCUUCGGAGAUACCCGGAGGGAGGACAAAUUCUGAAAGAACUGAUUCAAAACGCAGAGGAUGCUGGAGCCACCGAAGUCAAGUUCCUGUACGACGAGACGGAGUAUGGAGUGGAGUCAUUGUGGUCACCUGACAUGGCUCAGCAUCAAGGAACGGCGCUGUACGUCUACAAUGAUGCCGUUUUCACUAUGGAGGACUGGAACGGGAUCCAGGAGAUCGCAAGGAGCAGGAAGAGAGAUGACCCGUUGAAAGUGGGGCGAUUUGGUAUCGGCUUCAACUCUGUGUACCACAUUACAGAUGUCCCGAGUAUAUUCAGUGGAGACCAGAUUGCUAUGUUGGAUCCUCAUCAGACCCUGUUUGGGGUGAAUGAAUCUGGACAGUGCUGGAACUUGAAGACAGACAUCAAGGAGAUCACAGAACUCACUGACCAGUUUUCCCCCUACUUUGGGAUAUUUGGGAGUUCUGACAAAACCAUCAAGGAUGGCAGCUUCCCGGGAACCCUGUUCCGCUUCCCACUUCGCAUGACACCCUCCCAGCUCAGUGGGAACAUUUACAACAAAGAAAAGGUUUUGGAGCUGUUUGAGUCUUUUAAAGCUGAUGCAGACACAGUGCUCCUCUUUUUGAAGAGCGUUCAGAAGAUAUCUCUACACGUGCGAGAGUCUGACGGUACAGAACGCAUGCUGUUCCAGGUCACCGCAACAGAGAACACGGACGACAAACUCGAGAGACCGAAUGCUCUCAAGGCACUGAGUCAGGCCAUAGACAGCUACAGCAACGGGGUUCCCAGCUCUUCCAUGACAUGUGUCACGUACCAGAUGAACAUUGAGAGUCAGGAUGAAACGGCUAAAGAGACUCAGAGGAUGUCGUGGCUGGUUUGCAAUGGAGUCGGUGGCAGAGGGAUGUGUGCCGAGUUGGACUCCCUGGCAGAUGAUUUGAAGUUCAUGCCUUCGAUCGGCAUCGCCCUGCCUCUUACCCUGAUCAACAAAGAGGAAAAAGGUGCCACAUCUGGUUUCUCGGGACGAGCUUUUUGUUUCCUUCCUCUUCCGCCUGGAGAGGAAAGUGAGACAGGGCUUCCCGUUCACGUCAGCGGCUUCUUCGGCCUUACGGACAACCGAAGAAGCAUCAAGUGGCGCGAGGUGGACCAGUGGAGGGAUCCAGCUGCUUUGUGGAAUGAGCUGCUCAUAAUCACUGUUAUCCCCACGGCUUACUUGACUCUCAUCAUCGAGGUGAUAAAAAGGGUGCAAACAAAAAAGGACCAAGACUUUCCUUUGUCUCCUACAGGGACAUACAGAGCCUGGCCUGACCCUAAGCGGGUCAAGUCACGGUGGACGCCCAUUCUCCAACCGCUCUUUCAUAAACUGCUUCAGCACCAAGUCAUUUAUUCCCUCAGUGAAAGCUGGAUCAGAGUGGACCAGGCAGUGUUUUCAGAGCUGGAUGAUGAAGAGGACAUUUCAGAGACAGUGAUCAACUACCUCCAAAGCUCAGGAAUGCAAGUGGCAAAGGCGCCCACUGCAGUGGACUUUGUUUUGGCCGCCUACAUGACUGAGUCCACUGAAGUGAGAAAGGUGACUCCGUCUUUGCUGCGGCAGACGAUCAGGAAGAGCAAACACAAAGGCCCCGCAGAGGAGAAGCUGCUGCUGCUGGAGUUUGUGCUCAGAGACAAUGAUUACAGUGAUCUUAUAGGACUGGAGCUCCUGCCGCUGCAAGAUGAGACUUUUACAACUUUUUCAUCCUCUGUCACUGAAAAAGAUGCUAUCUACAUCCCAUCUGAGGAGUAUCCCAGGUCUCUGUAUCCUGGACUUGAGCAUCGGUUCAUUCUGGAGAGCAUAAAGCAAUCAGUGAUGGACAGUUUGAAGAAAGCAGCCAAAAGCAGAGACCCUGCACUCAGCUACAAGUGCUUAACCCGGAACGGUCUGCUCGUCUCAUCAAGGAGAUUCUAUCUACUGCCUGGCCAACAAGAGACUUCACUGUUGAGUGGGAACCUGGAAACACAGAGCUGA